GUUCACCACCUACCCUCCCCGAGACUUUCCACCCACCUGAUCACACCAACAGCAACUACAGCUAGGCCUAGGCGCAACCCACGAACCAACGAUUUCAUAAGACCACCCGGCCAUUUCUCUUCUUCCUCCCCGGAGACACACCAGCAGACCGACGACCCCUCCUCCUAAUCGAAGAAGAUCUCGCCGGAGCCGUCUCGCGCGGCACGCCGGACGAUCUCGCGGGGGACAAGGACCGACGCGCAACAGCUGAUCAGCCGGAGGGAAGAGGGGUUCAUUGGAAGGGGAGAUGUCGUCGGACGGCGGGACCUCCCAGAUGGGCGUCCUGGGAGCGCUGGGCCUCUCGGUCACGUCGUCGGUGGCCAUUGUCAUCUGCAACAAGUACCUCAUGGGCAAACUUGCCUUCAUCUUCGCGACGACGCUGACGAGCUGGCACCUGCUGGUGACCUUCUGCACACUGCACGUCGCGCAGCGCCUGCGCUUCUUCGAGCCGAAGCCAAUCGACACUCAGACCGUCAUCUCCUUUGGAUUUCUUAAUGGGAUCUCCAUUGGCCUCCUCAACCUCUGCCUUGGGUUCAACUCGGUUGGCUUCUAUCAGAUGACCAAGCUGGCCAUUAUACCCUUCACCAUAGUCUUGGAGACCAUUUUUCUGAGCAAGAAGUUCAGUCGGAGCAUCAAGGCCUCUCUCAUGGUCCUCCUCCUAGGAGUCGGCAUUGCGUCGGUCACCGAUCUCCAGCUCAACCUCCUCGGCUCAAUCAUCGCAGUCCUCACCAUCGCGGCGACGUGUGUCUGCCAGAUUCUCACCAACCAAAUCCAGAAGAGGCUCAAGGUGUCUUCCACCCAGCUCUUGUACCAGUCCUCGCUGUACCAAUCCGCCGUGCUGCUCAUCACCGGGCCCUUCGUCGACAAGCUCCUGACCAACAAAGAUGUCUUUGCUUUCCCCUACACCUUCAAAGUCGUGGUGUUCAUCCUGAUGUCGUGCACAAUCGCGGUGUCUGUCAACUUCAGCACGUUCCUUGUGAUCGGCACGACAUCGCCAGUGACAUACCAGGUGUUGGGCCACCUCAAGACGUGCCUCAUCCUCUCCUUCGGCUACGUCCUGCUCAAGGACCCCUUCACGUUCCGGAACAUGGCCGGCAUCCUCGUCGCCAUCUUCGGCAUGGGCCUCUACUCCUACUUCUCCGUCUCCGAGAGCAGGAAGAAGAACGAGGUCGGCCCAACGCUGCCCGUCAACACCCAGAUGAGCGAGAAGGACUCUGCGCCGCUCCUCGGUGCAAAGACCUCGCCGUGGCAGGAGAGCAAUGUGUUGGAGAGCUUCGACGACGUGCCGAGGACGGCGAAGAGCGCGUUUAGCCGGCAGAUGAAUGCGUAGCUUCUUAGGAUUGGAGGGAUGGUAGAGAUACAGCAAAAUGUAUUCUUUUCUCGUUGGAGUUUCUCUCAUGAUGAAAUGUAUUCUUUCCCGAGCUUC